AUGAGCAUUGACGCUGGCGGUCUUGCUCAAAUGACUUACAACAACCCCAACGGUAACGGCUUCCCUUCUGCUGGGCUCGGCAUCCCCGGCUCUGGCUAUGGCGCUCGUCACUCGCGUCUCAAUUCCAAGAGGUUGAGCGUGGCCCUCCCACCCAAGGUUGCGCCCAUCAACGAGAACCAGGUCGACAACCCGACCCCACGCACCAGCCGCUCGCACCUGCUUGCAGGUUUGCGCACCCAGCCAAAGACUCAAGGAGUCCCGGCAUCCGCUCCUUACCACCAGACCCAGCACUCAGUGGGCGGCAUGUCUGCUUCGAAGUGGGCUGAUCACAACUUUGGCGGCGGAUAUGGACAAGGCGUGCCUCAGACCGCGACUGGUACUGGAUUCGAUAUCCAGAACCAGUAUGGGAUGAAUGCUGGCCGCCAAGUCUACUCUCUGCCAGAGCAGGUUCUGGCACCCCCAGCCAUGUACGAGCAGCAGGAAGAGAUGGAUCCUAGUGUACUCCAGCAGAUGCAGCUUCAACACAUCUUUCUUGCUCAGCGUCAACAGCAGCUGCAACAGCAAUUGGCCAACAUUACGGCCGCAGCUCAAGGCUUGAACUUGAAUGGCAAUGCGGGCCAGCGUGCAUCUUUCCACCAGAGCCCAAUGACGCCUCAGACUCCCCAGAACUUCUAUGGUCAGCAGCAGCAGAUGCAGUCCCCGAUUGAGGUUCCUGGACAGCCUGGCGUCUAUUUGGUCUACAACCCUGCUAUUCAAGGCUACUCUUACGCUGUUGAUCAGAAUGUCCAGCAGGCUCAGCAGACCAUUUCCCCGAUCCAGCAAUCUCAGAUCAACCCAUUCUCUCCAGCCAAGUCUGAGUCUCCAGCGCAGGCUUUUGGAUAUGGGCAGACUCCACCAGCCACCGAGCGGUCCACGCCUACCAACACCCGAUCCUUCACCCCUCCAAAGAAGGUGCCUUCUCCACCAUCGACUCUGGAACACGUCGAGCCUCUGCCACCGCCAUCUGCAACUGCCUUCCGUCGAGGCCACAAGAAGGCAACUUCUUUGGCCAUCAACGCGUUUGGCAACGUUGCUGAGGGCCCUAAGACGGCUUCCAACGCCACUUUCGGCUCUCAGCGUACCGUCUUCCCUCCAACACCCAUGACUGGCACUUUUGGUCCAGGCGCUGCACGUGCUGGUGAGCAUCCAAUUCGUCAACCUCGUGGCCCACCGCCACUUGAGGAGCUCACUUCUGCUCCUACCAGCAAGCACGAGGGCAGCAAGAACUUUGCCACUCGUCAGCGCCGUCGUGCACUUGACAGUCUUAUGAAGGCAGGCACCGUGCGCCGUGGCGUCUCGCGUUCGUCAGGUGGCAGCCCAGUCAGCGAGAGCGAGAUCAAUUUCGGCGUUCCUGAGGAGCCCGAAGAUUUGGCGUCGGCUGGCGGCAGCAGGAAGAUGAGCCCGAUCGGCUCCGAGAUGAAGGAGAAGCGUGGCAGUCAAGGCUCUGACGGUGGUUACUUUGGCCUCAGCUCUGCGUCUAGUAGCGAGGGCGAGGACAUGGGCGCGUUCAAGCAGCCACCGACUCCAGCAACUCCCGGUGGUGCACCAGGCGGCGAUCGCAAGAAGAUGCUCGGGUUGUUGAACGCGGCUGAGAAGCGCCGAAGCCACUUCUUCUAA